CCAAUAACAUCAUAGGAAAGUGCUGUGAGCUGCUGUCAGCUUUAACUGAAGUCCCAGGAAUGUAGAUAACUGUGAUAUAUUUAUAGGUUGGUAACAUUACCAGCUGGCAAUAAACUUGUUAUUAGUUACUUUUGUUAUAUGUACAUUCUUAGUAGUUUAAGUUUUUCACAGUAAUUUAUCUUUCUUAUUAUUUCACAUUCAUUAAACAUUAUUAAUUAACAAUGUUACACUAUUUUAACAGGCUACCCUUGUUACAGUGCAACACAAAUAAGUAGAACUCCUGAGUAAUAUUAAAUAACAGCAUGUACUUACUAUAGUAUAAGGGGUUUAGUUUAGGGUUGGUUUCUUGUAAUGUGUAAUUUACUGUUAUUAGGUAUAUGUAACAAGAACAUUGUAAAAUUAAGCGUAACCUUAUAUUCUUUACACAGUGAAGCUUUGUGUAAUAAAAAAGCUGCCUGAAUGUGUCACUUGACGUAAUUCACAACCGCCCAAUCAGAGGACAUGUAACAAGGGCUAGGGCAGUGUCUGUUUUGAUUGGUUAAGAGGUAGGCCGGGAUGAUGGACGCGCCCCAGCGAAUGCAGUCUGACAUUCAUACUCAGCGAAUUCAUACUCGCAUGACUGGGAGGAGGAUUAGCGUUACAGAAGAUACGCGUCUGCUUCUUACUGUAACUGUAGAAAAAUGACUUUGUAAAAGUAUUUGUCAGUUAUCUUAACAAAUACAUGAUUAAUAAGCUAUUUUAUUCACUGGCUGCUACAGUAGGCCUAAAGUUUCUUGUUUAAAGUGAAAUUAAAGAGCUUGUCCAUCACCUGUUUCCGGAAAUUCCGCGACUGAAAUAUGGAUUUCGUUCUCGGCGGAGUCGCUGCGUGUGGUGCCUGCUUUUUUACGAACCCUCUGGAGGUGGUCAAAACCCGAAUGCAAUUACAAGGAGAGCUGAAAAGCCGAGGAACCUAUCAAGUGUAUUAUAGGAAUGUGUUCCACGCCUUUUACACGAUAGGCAAAAUAGAUGGACUGGCUGGUCUUCAAAAAGGUUUGGUCCCCGGGUUGGUUUAUCAGUUUUUUAUGAAUGGGGUCCGACUGGGGUCUUACGCCAUCAUCGAGUCCUUGGGCUACAUUCACACGGACGAAAGGGUCAGUGCUACGAAGAGCAUAUUUUCCGGGGCCAUUGCUGGUGUGGUGGGCGCUGUAAUCGGGAGCCCGAUUUACCUGGUAAAAACACAUCUCCAGUCUCAAUCCACUUCCUCUAUUGCAGUUGGACACCAAUAUAAGCACAAGGGAAUGAUGCAUGCUCUAUUGGCCAUCCACAAACAGCAUGGCAUUCUUGGUUUGUGGAGGGGUGCAAGUGCGGCAGUCCCAAGGGUCAGUGUGGGGUCAGCUGCUCAGCUCUCUACUUUCUCUGCCUCUAAAGAGCUGGUCACUGACCUACAGGUGUUCCCUGAGGGCAGCUGGUUAAUAGCUCUGAGUGCUGGUAUGAUCAGUAGUGUAGUGGUUGUAUUAGCUAUGACUCCUUUUGAUGUGGUCAGCACUCGGCUCUACAACCAGCCUGUGGACCAUGUGGGCAAGGGCAUAUUGUACCGAGGUUUUGUGGACUGUUUCUCUAUGACGUUGAAGAAGGAAGGCAUGACUGGUUUGUAUAAAGGUCUCGGAGCCUCCUACUUCCGCAUCGGACCUCAUACCAUCCUUUCCCUACUUUUCUGGAAUGAGUUGCGCACUUUGUACCAUAGCUAUAACUAGCGCCUCGCUAUUGCCUGCAACACCAAAAUAUCAAUAGUGUUUCCCUGAUUUGGUGAUUAAAUAAGCAAUCGAGCACGAUGGUACAAAAGGUGCUUGCUAUGUUGUGAAAAUAGUCAACGUUGUCAUUAGACACAAAGUGCCGCAAUGCACUCAUUGCAUUUAUAAAGUAGUUACUACCGGUACAUACUAAAUAUAUUAAGGACUUUUUUUUAUAAAAAAAUUAUUUUAUUUAGCAUUCAUAUGGCAGCCUUUCACUAGAAGACAACUGUCUUGAUAUAACAAUGUUGCUAUGCAAUGAAAAAUAGUAAUAAUGAGCCAUUACUAUAUGGUGGAAAGAAACAGCUGGAAGGCUGCACUGAGCCAGGGCUGGAAUUCUCAAAAAAAAAAAAAAAAAAAUCUUCCACCUUUUUCUUCAAUGUGGAAGUAAACCUAUGGGUGCGACUUCUGGUUCAUUAGACGCUACAGGUAAAUAACAAGGAGAAUAACAUGCAGUAAACGGUAAAAUGAUUUGCACUACAAACCAGUGUGUUCAUAAUUAAGAUAAUACAUUAAAGUAAUAUAAUAAGACACACCAACUUUUAAUAUCAAGCAGCAAAAUGAACUGUUUUGUUCAGCUAAAAAUAGCUGGAACGAGUGGAUGCAGAUGAGACUGGAAGCCAGACCCAUAGAAUUUACAAAUGCUCAUUUUUACAACAAGAAAAAAGGUGGACAUAAAACUCAAUUAGAAUGUAUGUAGCAGGAUGGAAUAUUUACUUGAUCAUUAUGUUGUUAUACAAACACACUCAGUGUUUGUAUAACACAGUGAAUAUGCAUAUGGUUUUAUAGAAACAGAACACACGUACACUUCUGUUUAAUUAUGCAUUUUAGUUCUCUAAUUCCUGGUUCUGAUUCAUCAGAUUUUUUUCUGAUGCUUAAGAUGCUUAAUUGAUGGAAUAAGGAAGAAGUUAUGCACAAAAGAGUGCUUAUAGAGGAAACAUCUCUUCAAACAAACAUUUAGAUCUGGUAACUUUUGAAAAUUGAUGCACAAUCCAAACUUAUUCAUAAAAUGUGUUUUCACAGAGAACUUAUGUCUUUCAUUUUUUAAAUCAUCUUUUUUUUCUUUCUUUUUUUUUUCUUUUGACCCUUUCCUAAAGAA